GGACACUGUGCUCUGCACGGACUGGAGUGUAGCCAACUUGAGUGCUGGCAUUGUCCCUACAAGCCGCACGCUCUGCCAGAGGCCAGUCGAGCGCAGGAUGAACUAAUGAUGCAGUCUCUGUCCGUCUCAAAGACACCCAUGAGCUGGUUCGUCUUCGAGCUGUUCCGGCGAUACCAAGCACGCUGUGCGACCUAUCAGCAAACAGUUAAAGCGGCAGAGAGGGUUGAUGCAAAACUUGACGGGCUGAACAGCCAAUGGGAGGAUUUCUGCCAGUUAGUGGAGAGUAUACAGCGUUUCCAUGAUGAUGAACUUCCGGCCUGGUGGCAACGUACAAGCGGUCAAUCGGCAUCGACUAGUGCUGCAGCGAACGCCCUGUCGAUUGCCAAUGCUACAAGCCUUGAGGAAGUGUCAAGAAUGAUAGCCUCUACCACUACGAUGUGUCAGAGGCUCAAUGACAAGAAGAUGGAACUCUUGGCAUCGAGCCGUCGGUGA